CAAGGGCGCAGGAAAUCUUGGCGUCUUUUCUCCUUCAGCAGAUUCCACACACUUCACGUUGGGGCCCUGCGAGGGCUAGCCGCUAUUCUGCAGGGCAGAUUCGCCACACCGAGGACGCUGCGGAAAGAGACGUUGGCCUGUAUAUGCCCAGUGACAGACCCAUCAUAUUUCCAAACUUCCUCUGGUUAAAACCGAAUCGGGUCUGUGCAGCACUCCCCAGGGCAAGAGCGCAAUUUACACUGGUCAGAAAACGCCUUCGCCUUCAGCGUUGCAGCGCGGUACGUGCUGCGAUGUGUAGUUCUACUACCAACACUCAACUACAUUUCCCAGCAAGCCUUGCGCAGGUCUCGGCCGGCACCGGGGAGGUUUGGAGCGACAGCCUAACAGGCGGGGAAGAGGCAGCGCACCCGCCAGGCUGCAGUGCGCCCGGUGCCGGCAGGGGGAGCCCGCGCACCACCGCUGCCCUUCCCGCUAGUGACGGAGAUAGGUUCUGUCCUCUUCCCUUGCCGGUACGAGACGGAAACGACGGAACGUACCUUCCAGAAGCUUCAACUGAUAAACUUGAAGUGUUAGCAAAAAGAUAUGCUCCUGAACUUUGGGAUUUAAGGCAACUGCUUACAAUUCAAGAGACAUUGUGGUAUGCCAGCAGCCUAGUGCGACAACUUAAACUUUGGAACAAAUACCGCAUUUCCAACAUUCCAUCACUAAUAUUCCUAGACGCCACCACCGGGAAGGUCGUGUGCAGGAAUGGGCUCCUAGUGAUCCGCGAUGACCCAGAAGGUCUGGAAUUCCCCUGGGGACCUAAACCCUUCAGGGAAGUUAUUGCUGGGCCUUUGCUCAGAAAUAACGGGCAGUCCCUGGAGAGCAGCAGCCUGGAGGGGUCUCACGUGGGGGUCUACUUCUCUGCACACUGGUGCCCACCCUGCCGAAGCCUCACCCGGGUCCUGGUGGAAUCCUAUCGGAAGAUCAAGGAGGCAGGCCAGAAAUUUGAGAUCAUCUUUGUUAGUGCCGACAGGUCAGAGGAGUCGUUCAAACAGUACUUCAGUGAGAUGCCCUGGCUGGCUGUCCCCUACACCGACGAGGCCCGGCGGUCGCGCCUCAACCGGCUCUAUGGAAUCCAAGGCAUUCCCACGCUCAUCGUGCUAGACCCACAGGGGGAGCUGAUCACGCGGCAGGGGCGGGUGGAGGUGCUCAACGACGAGGACUGCAGGGAGUUCCCAUGGCACCCCAAACCCGUGCUGGAGCUCUCCGACUCCAACGCGGUGCAGCUCAACGAGGGCCCCUGCCUCGUCCUUUUUGUAGAUUCUGAGGAUGAUGGAGAGUCCGAGGCAGCCAAGCAACUGAUUCAGCCAAUAGCUGAGAAAAUCAUUGCCAAGUACAAAGCCAAAGAGGAGGAGGCGCCACUUCUAUUCUUUGUGGCCGGGGAGGAUGACAUGACCGACUCCCUGCGAGAUUACACCAACCUGCCCGAGGCUGCGCCUUUGCUCACUAUCCUGGACAUGUCAGCCAGGGCCAAGUACGUGAUGGAUGUGGAGGAGAUCACCCCUGCCAUUGUGGAGGCCUUUGUGAAUGACUUCCUAGCAGAGAAGCUCAAACCAGAGCCCAUCUAGUGGGGCUCCAGCCUCACGAGACGUUAUUUAAGACUCAGUCUCCUCCUCCUCCCUCUCCUCUCCUCCGCCCUUGGACUCUUCCAGCGUGUCCUGAAUCACACAACCCAAGUGUCCAACCUCUCUGUGGUGCCUUGUUUCUGCGCUAACUUUUCAGCUAGCACCCUAGGGUGCACGUCCUCUCAGCAGCAGAAGAACCCACCGUGUUCGGACACUCUGCUUGGGAUUCUUGGGGAUGGCAUAACCCGGCCAGAACUGGGACCGCAUCACUCUCUUGGAGUCACUAGCUCCGGUGCAGGCUCUGCCAGGGCGUUCUCCUGUGGAUAAGCGUGAAGGGCUGGCAGGUCAGGGCUCUGGCUCCGACUCUGGUGUCAGCACACAUACAGAGAGCCUAGGCAGCCAGAUCCGGGGACCUGCUCAUUGACACACAUGCAGGUGGAGCAGAGAAAGGGUCACAGCAUCAGCUUAGGCAUCAGCAAGCCUCCGCUUAGAGCUGUGAGUGGAACAGCCUCUCCCAGGUGACAUAUUUUUCUUGGUCUGGGGGGAAAGCAACAGCUUGUCAGUGGGUUCUUGGGCAGGGGGUCUCCAACUCUAAAAGGAAGCCUGUGGGGGUUUUUGGUGAGGAAAACAAGUAGCCAUGGAAAUGGUUCCUGUAGUAAUUGCUUACUUUUUUUGAGCUCCUGGCAGGUGAUAGAUCUCAUUCCUUUCUUGUUUCUCUUUUUUUACCCCUGGAUCUUGACCUUCCCCGAGUUUCUGCCUAUUCAUAGGCACCCACUCCUGCGAUCUUGGAUUUUGUUAAUGAAUUCUUCCCCUAGGAUCUAGUCCCAAGAAACUCAUCCCAGUUCUUAGGGGGGGCCCUGCCCAGCCAGCUUCACCUGCCAGGGCUGCUGGAUCUCUGCCGGCAUACCUGUGCCCACCCACUUGCAGUUAACCCUGUCGGUGCUUCUUUAAGCAGAACUUAAAAGAGAUGGUUAACUACCAGAAGCCUAGCUUUCCCCUAAUGACCUGCAGAAGGAGCUGUGCUUUAGGUGGGAGUGAGGGCAGAGGGCAUGUCUGCUGAGUAGGCUUUGGAACCCCUUCACCGGGCCCAGGUUGCUUGGCCUCUGUUUUGGGCUGAAGUGGCCCCAAAAAGGGCAACAACAAUGAUGAUCUUCAGAUUUGGGAUGGAGAGCUUUGGCCUAGGGAUUUGCAGGGCUUUAGCCUCUAGUCAGCCAGGUGUUGGGUCUUUCACUGACCCCAGGCCUUACCCUGGGCUGCACAUAGCGCACUGCCAACCAAAACCAUUUAUGUGGAAAACCCAGCCUCUCCAAUAAGCUGUUGACACUGUUGUUCCUUGCUGAAUUGGAUUGUUGAUUUGUAGUUCAGAGGUACAAAAUUAGUUGGUAAUUAGACUGUUAUUUGAUGUUGCCAGCCUGAAAUGCAAUCACCUAGUAAGAAAUAAAGCAGGCAUCUCUGGACCUUA